UACCACAGCAACUAUCGAUUGUCUUUUCAAGUACUCCUUGUUACUCACAAUUAUCAAUCUACUCUUUCUCAAAAUGGUUACCAUCAAGAUCGCCACCAUCGCAGCGGUCCUGGCCUCCACCGCCUCAGUCUCGGCGACAUGGUUUCACGUAAACAGAGGCUGCAUCCUCCUCAACCAAGCUAUCCUCUGCGCGGGCAAAGACGGUGCACGCCAGAUUGACGGUGGCAAAGCCCAUGUCGAAGCCAAGUUGGACCAGACCAGCCACUGCACGAAAGACUUCACGUGGCCUUCCAACUAUGGUGAUAUCUACUAUGGUGCUGACAACUGUCUUUAUGACUCUAAGGGCCAGAACAUCGGCGGCCAAUGCUGCUAAAGUGCUCGUAUUUAGUACGGAGCACGGGACGUUUAGUCAACAUGUGGGGGGUGAUAAAUAGGACUGCCAUGGAGGAUGCAUAAAGUUACAGGGUUGAAGGAGGAAGGUUUUCAACUAGAGUCGCUCCUUAUUAUUCAAUUCUGUCCUAUAUGUGUGGUGUUAUGGUCGUGUUGUUGUCAUGAUGGACUUGAAAUCUCCCAGUCUCACUUGCUACUAUAUUCCGUUCGCUUAUCGCGUUCCUCUUUUUCAAUGAAGUGCUGGCG